CGAAAGUAGAUGGCACUUUUUUGAGCUUCUGACUACCUUAAAAAUUUAUUCACAAACACAAAGUAUGUUUUAGGAAAGUGAAAGGAGACGGUCACUCAUUUCUUCCGUGACGGACUAGUUCUGAUAUUCGGUGUUUCCGUCAUCAGCAGCUCUGCCCAGGAAACAAGAAGUGAGAAGUUGCAUCUAGCUGAAAGAAGUCAGGGCAAAAGGCACUUUACAGAGAUUUGCUCAACAUCGGGAGGACUUAAGGUAAGGACGUUUUAUUAAAGAAAUUCACCAAAGUAUCUUAUCCUGUUGAAACUGUAAACUAUCCAGUAGUCGCAGAUGUUUGUAAAUAUGACUGUUCAUAUUUCAGGUAACGUCACCAAGAUGGAAUUGGAUUAUUUUGAAUACGAUGAUUACUCUGCAGGCAAUGAGACUGAGAACAGCUCAAACUCAUCUGGAUUUACGAAUUUCAACAGUUCACAGUCUCAGAUUUUGACUCACAUUCUGGUGUCAGUCAAUAUAAUCAUAUCACUCGUGGGCCUUGGAGGAAAUUCCUUGGUGAUCUGGAUCUGUGGAUGUAAAAUGAAAAGAACUGUUAUCACCACUUGGUACACCAGUUUGGCCAUUUCAGACUUUUUGUUCUGUGCCUUUUUGCCCCUGCAAGUUGUCUACAUGAUCACCUCUCACUGGCCUUUUGGGCUGGUGUUGUGCAAGCUUACGUCCUCCGCCCUGUUUCUCAACAUGUACAGCAGUGUGUUCCUCUUGGUCCUGAUCAGCAUGGACCGCUGUUUAAUGAUCUCCUUCCCCGUGUGGUCACAUAACCAUCGGACGGUGCCAAAAGCGUGUGGGGUCGUUCUUCUCAUGUGGCUCCUUUCUGCGCUCCUGACACUGCCGUCGCUGAUCUUCAGGCAGAUCACAGUCCAUGGUUCAGUCACUCAAUGCUACACCAGCUACAUGGACCACUCCAUGCACAGAGCAGUGGUACUGACCCGGUUCAUCUGCGGGUUCCUGAUCCCUUUUCUGAUGAUUGUAUUCUGCAGCUCUGUGCUUGGCUUUAAGCUGAGACGUUUGACCAUGAAGUCCACAAAGCCUUACAAAGUCAUGGCAGCCCUCAUCUUGUCAUUCUUCUUCUGCUGGGUUCCCUAUCAUAGUUUUGUUCUUAUAGAGCUGGACCUGGAUAACCACAGCGUGGAGGUGCUACAGACUGGGCUGCAGGUUGGGGCCACAAUGGCCGCAGCAAACAGUUUCAUAUCCCCAAUCCUCUAUGUGUUCAUUGGAAAUGACUUCAAACGAACGCUAAAGCGCUCUUUAACCUCAAGAAUAGAGGAGGCGAUGGCAGAGGACUUCCGCACAGGUGGUUUCAAUCACUCAAAAUGCAGGUCAAUGGAAGUCAUCAACAAUCUAGUCAAACCUUUGACAUAAAUGAUUCUGAGAUCCUUACAAUACAGUAUUUGGGUGGCUGAGUCAUAGUGACAAAAUCCUGCGUCCCCAUGUUUGACAUCAGCAGGCUUCUUAAAACAUUCAGUAUAUCCAUGUGACAUUUAAAGCAGGUGGCUGGACACCGUGGGUCUGGUUUUGUCCAAGGGUUCUGCUGUCCCUGACACUGUUUGAAAAUGUUGCUCACUCAUGGUAGAUUGAUGUUGGGUCUCUCUUAAUACAUAUUCUAGACCUGCUUUAUAGGUAAAAAGGGGUUGCUUGACAUAUUAAUGGUUGGUUCAUCAGGAUGAAAAAACAUUUAUGUACAGUAUGAACUAUGGGACAGCUCUUGAGUGUCUUGUGUCAGUAUAUUCAUUUGGUAUUUUGGGCAAUUUUAUACUAAUAAGUUAAGUUCUUGUUUGACUGUUUUAUAGGAAAUGUCAUAAAUAAGUGUUGUAAACUUCCUUCUGCAAACUUCCCAGUUUCAAACUUCCUUUCACUUUUUGUCAAGUUCUCAAGACAAGUUGUAUUUUCACACAUUCAUUUCUGCUUUAUACGUAUUUAAAAAAAUUGAACCUGUUUGUUCAGUUUCUAUUUUAACAUUAGAGAAAAAUACAACAUGAGAAGAGUAUUUCAAGGUCACAAACAACUCCUCGAUUUACUGAGCCAUUUUUGGUUUAGGGGUUUAGUUUGCCUACAUGUUUUCAGCCCAAAGCAGCUGUGAAGAAGCCAUGGGAUGCUAUUAAAUCUGUCGAGCACUAAAUGUAAGAUAGAAAGUAGUGGCAAGUGAGUGCAUAAAGGUCUUUUACUUUUCCAGUAACUUUCACUUAACUUGUCACUUGACAUAAUGCUCUAAUCAGUCCUUUACGGAACUUUUUCCUGUCUCUUUCCUGGUUUGCAUACUAGUUGUAUAUACCUGCUAUUUUUAUUGUAUUCUACAUAUCUAUAAGUUAAAUUUCUAGUUUGAGCUUAUAUAUAUAAUUUUUGUAACAAUUUUUGUAACAUUUCAUGUUGUUUAAUGUUUGAACAUAGAGGGCAAAGUUAACUGGAGUCAAAUUUCUUGUAUGUGUUCACAUACUUGGCCAAUAAAGCUGAUUCUGAUUCCGA